UGUAUAAAACCGGCGGGGCAAUGCGCGCGCGCACACUCGUCUGCGCCUCUCACCGCCGCACGAUUGAUUUCCCGCCCUUUGCCAUUUUCACCGGCGUGUGAGUUUCCACAACGCGAGUGAGGUUAGCGCAUGAAUUUCACAAUUUAUCAUAAUUUUAUUUUCGUUAGUGCCUACAACUGGAGCGAAAUAACUAGUUCGCGAUCGACUGUGUCGUGUGUUGUACUUAUUGUUUAGUGUGCAUGUGUCCGCAAUUAACGUUCGGCAAUCGGCAAUUUAAUUGCUAAAUUAAAUACGUCGCAUUUACGCCGUUAUUGAAAUAUCGAGCAAACUCUGAAUAUUCUGGUCUCGUGAACAAAGAUGAGUUCCCGGAGUGGUUUGAAGAUAGAAAGGGGCAUUGAGCUCACGCCCGUGCUGAAGGAGGUGGCUGAGAGAGAGCUGAGAGAGACUCCAGAGAGGGUUCGGGAGGCCCUGGAGAGACUGAGGGAACUGCUGAAGGACAACAAAGACCUGUACUUUGGAGACGACGAUGAGCUCCUGACCAUAUUCCUACGCCCUUGCAAAUGGUACCCGGAGAGCGCAUUGGCAUUGAUGCGUCGGGUUGCCGAAUUCAAGCGCGACAACGCGAAUCUACUGGCAGGGCUGCUCCCUGAGCACGAGGAGAUCGGAUUCAUCAACCACAGAAUCGCCAAUGUCCUUGUAAACCGAGACCACAAAGGCAGGAGGGUGCUCAUCGUUAAUUGCGGAAGUUUAUGGGACCCAAAGAAGAUCACCGUGGACCAAGUGUUCCGGAUCUUCUACCUGAUCCACGUGGCGUCUGUACUGGAGACGGAGUCGCAGAUCAUGGGCUGCAUCAUCAUCAUGGACUUCAGCAAUAUGGGAUGGGCACAGGCUAUGGCGUUUACACCGUCUUCAUCGAAGCGUCUACUGACGUUCAUCCAGGAAGCCAUGCCCACGCGCCUCAAGGAGGUGCACUUCAUCAACCAGCCGAUGGUCUUCAACGUCGUCUGGAACAUGUUCAAGCCUUUCAUCAGGGAAAAGCUGCGGAAUAGAAUCUUCUUCCACGGCUCGAAGAUGGCGUCUCUCCACAAGCAUGUCCCAGCCUCCCACCUGCCCAGCAACUACGGCGGGGAACUCCCAGCAGUGGACUACUCCUCCGCGGAAUGGUACCCCGUACUGCGCGACGUAGAGCCCUUCAUCAAGACCUAUGACAGCUACGGAUUCGCCAAGAAGACGUAACGCUCACAACUAGUAGACUGGACCACACACUGUAGAUGACGCUUUGACAUCAGCCAUGACGUGGCAGCAUAUCAGGUUAUACAUUUUUGUUGAAAAACCUAUGACAACUAAUAUAAAAUACCACAGUGUGUGACUUGAUGUGCCGUCGUCUGUACUAUUUGAAGGCUUUAUGAAAAAGAUGUUAUCGAAUGGGUUUUAGACAAAUGUUCACUUUAAAUCAACUUGUGUGAUGCCUUUUGCGCCCAUUACCUUAAGUGUGGGGUUUAUAACAUUUAAUAUUCUGAUACAAAUGUUGCAAGUGUUUGUAAAGGAAUAGAUUAUUUAGGUAAAUAUUUAUAUUUAGUGUAAUCUGAGCACCAGUAGUAUAACAAUGAUUACUAAAAUCUAAAGGUUUGAUAUUCCAAAUAUGUGUUAAGAGUAGAGCAAUAUUUAGAGAGUAUUUCUUUAAGAUGCUAAAAUGCAAAUAUUUUUAUAUUGUUUAUGAACUGUGUGAAUAGGUCUGAAAAAUACAACAUAAGAUAGCUGUGUUAUCAUUGUAUAAGUUGUUGUAGCGUAUUUUGUAAGUUUAGAGUAAACAGUUGUUUGAGUAGUACAAGGGAUGUGAUUUUGAGCGGAACUCAUGACAUGUUUGUAGAAGAAUAUUUAGAAUCAAUAGAGGACAUGUUUUUUUUACAUUUUUAUUGUACCAGGAGACGUAUUUACCUAUAAAGCAUCAAAAUUCAUAUUAUAAUAAAUCACAUACGACCUUUUGUACGAUUUAAAAUAUCAAAAAAUACUGUAUGACAAAGANGGCAAAGAAUAGUGAAAGUGAAACUGAGCUCAGUUUUAGAGCGAUUGUUGAUAAAAAAAUUGUUCUCUAGCGAAUGCGUGUAUGAUGCUAGUUUCCAUUGUGGACAGCAUCGAGGCUGUGAAUGUUCUAGAUGUGCCAGUUAAGUACCAUAUUCAUUAUAGUGUAAUAUCAUGACAUUAUACAUGGUGUGUUUUUUAGGAGUUAUUACGUGUAAACGAUGCCAGAAUGUGUAUUGUAGGAACUGAAAUGCUAUCAGUUUAAUAUUCGCCAACCUAGAACAUACCUACGCAUUUACCAC